AUGCUGUUCAAGUCACUUUUCGUCGUUGCAGCAGCAGCUCUGGCCGUCAACGCGCAAUCAGAGACCACAACGUCUUCUGCUGCGGCCGCAACUCCAAGCGGAAUUUCAGACUGUAUCAUUUCAUGCUCGACCCAAGCCGCCGCCGCAGGUGGCUGCUCCAGCUACACCGACCUUUCUUGUGUUUGCUACUCCACUUCAUUCCAGACUGCUGCCGGCGCAUGUCUGCAGGCUAACUGCACUGCUGCCGAGGUCGCCCAGGCCCAAGCGCUUCAACAAUCUGAGUGUGCAACGCUUACGGCGAACUCUUCGACCGCGACCUCGAGCGGAACAUCGAGCAAGACAUCGGCCACGAGUUCCGCCACGAGUUCUUCGUCCGCAAAAGCAACCUCAACUGGUGCUGCCACGGGUCUCGCACCUUCGCUUGCUCUCAACAGUGCAUUCGGCGGGCUUGUUGCCCUUGCUGGCGCCCUUAUUGGAACAGCACUCGUCAUGUGA